AUGGCCGACCCGAUGGAGACGGAGCCCUCGUCGGGGCUCCCGUCCUCCCCAGAAGAAGAGGAGGAGCUGGAAGAGCAAGAGGCACAGUUCGAGACUCUGAUUUCAGGGCGUGAGAAACGAAGCACCGCCGGACGACACAUGGCAGCUCUGCUCGAUGCGGCUCACGACGACGACCUUGCGCUGCUCUUUGAGGAAGUGGAAGAUGAUAACGAGUUUGAGAACGAAGAAGCAGAGGACGAAGACAUGGGACUCGACUCAUCCUCCGAUGAUGACGAUGACGACCAAGGCCCGAAUGCGCAGAAUGACUACGAGGGCGAAAAGCAGCUACAAAAGGAAGAGCGCAAGAAGCGACGCGCGCAGACCGACCUUCGAUUCCAAAUGCUUCAAAAGAGAGUCAAGAUCAAUCCGAUGGUGUCCUCUUCCUCCGCCGUACCCGCGCCCCGUCCGAAAAAGAAGUCUGAGCGAAUUUCCUGGAUCCCGACAGUCGAAGAUGGGCCUGUACGAUCAUCUUCGCGCCGGCAGACGAUGGUCAACAAGGAAAUGACGCACGCUCGUCUCAAGGACAGUCAGGAGAAGCGUAUCCGGAUCAUCGCGACUAUGAAGGAGGCCGAGGAGCGAAAGGCCCAUUUGAAGCCAAAGAAAAUGACCCAGGAGGACCGUCUGGCCGAAGCUGAGCGAGUUGAACGGCUCAACAGCAAGAGUUUGAAUCGCUGGGAGCGGACAGAAAAGAAGAAAGCGGAGGAACGAAAGGCCAGGAUCGAGGCAUUGCAGAAUCGUCAACUGGAGGGCCCUGUCAUUUCCUACUGGAGUGGGCUGGCUACAUGGACGAAUGGUCGUCUUACACGCGUGGGCAAGGUUGAUAUCGAGGUCAAGCCGGAGAAGGCUGAGAAGAAGAAAAAGAAGCUGGAGAAGGAUGAGAAGGCCAGCGAAUCGCAAGACGCACCGAGUACAGCACCAGCAGAGCCAGGCCAGCCAACUCCCGCGCAACCAGGAGAUACGACUGUGUCUGUGCCCACACAACCUGCGGAUGUCAAUACUCAGGCAGGAGAUUUUCCCGCUCCAGCACAAGCAGAGUCGGGCGUAACUACACAAUCUGAGACUACGCCUGCGCAAUCACAACCACAACCGCAAGCUGAGGACGAUGCGUCUGCCCCGACAAAUCCUGUUCACGCCCAACCCGAAGCUCAACCCGCCUCGACUCUCCUCCCUGAUCAUAAGACUUCAUCUGAUGGGCAAAUUCCAGCGGCGACCGCGGAUGUCGAAAUGAAAUCGCCAACAGCAGUCCUUGCUGACAAGGACAAUGAGAUAGGCCAAUCGGGGGUGAACAGAACACCGGGAAAAUACCCGGUGCCAGUCGUAGAGAUCCCCAUCUCGCGAUCAGCUCAAACCUCUCCGAGCAAGGCGUCGCCGACCAAAAGCCCCGCAGCGCAAUCUGAAGAGAAGGCCCAAGCUAUGGAGAUUGACCAACCGGCAACCCCAGCCGAGCCACCAGCCGAUGCAGCAGCCGAUACGAUCCAGGCCGAAGCACCAACACAAACACCAACACCGCAGUCAUCGGCAGGCGAUCAAGCCAACGUGCCGGCCGCCACCGGUAGUGCUACCCAAGUGGCUGCAGGGGAAGCGCCUCAGGCGAGCAUCAAAUCGCCAACUACGGACGCGCCGUCGGAGCACGUUACACAUCCCCCCGCCGUGACGACAGAGCCAUUGGACCCUAAGGCCCCUUUGGCAUCGUCGACCGAUGCUGCACCUGCACCCGCACCCCUGCACGCCACGCCCGCGCCCGCGCCGGCAGCAGCCACGAUCCAGGAUCCUACCCUCCCAUCACAGACCCAAUCACUUGAUGUGAAUGAGGGACCAGCCCUCCCGCCACCCCCACCAGUGAUUGAGCACACGGGGCGCAACCUGACGAUCCUAGAGAAUUUCGACGAGAAGACAGCGCAGAGCAAAAAGUACAGCAUGUACUUUAACGCGAAAAAGCCACCGCGUCUUACGAGUGAGUGUGAAUUCCAAUUCGAGGAAGACAGCGAAGACAGCUCUUCCGAGCAGAAGACGUCUUCACAAGAAUCCCAAUCCGAGUCCGAUACUGACAAUGAAAACAAAGAAAUCUCAUCAUCUCUAUGUGUCAUCACCUCACUCCCUUCCCGCUACCGCGACCCCGAAACCCACCUCCCCUACGCUAAUUCCUACGCUUACAAACAGAUCCGCAAGAUGCUGUCGCAGGGGUACACCUGGAGCUCCAUGCUGGGCUGCUUUGUCGGCGCGGUGGAUACCGCUGCCCGCGGUGUGCCGGAUCGCUUUGUCGGUAAGCAUAUCAGUGGUCUGACAGUCAAGCGCGAGGAGGAGAAGAAGGACGACAAGGCGGAUGGUGCGACUGGAGCUGGCACGACGGCCGAGCCGAUGGAGGUUGAUGGUUGA